AUGGCAGCUCCAACAGCUAUAAAUAAAACACAAGAAGAUGAAAUAAUAGAUAAUAAUAUAGUAGAUAAUAAAGAGGAAAUUAAUGAAGAUGAAGAUAUGUUAAUUGAUACUCAUCAUAUACCCUUAGAUCAACCAAUAACUACCAAACCACAAUCAGAAACACUCCUAGAUGAAUCAGGAAAGCCUAAAUUUCUUCAACAAUCAGAAUCAAAAAUGAAAGUUAAACUUGAAUCUAGAAAAAUUCCAGUCCCACCACAUAGAAUGACACCUUUAAAAAAUGUAUGGACAAAAAUUUAUCCUCCCUUAGUUGAUCAUUUAAAAUUACAAGUCAGAAUGAAUUUAAAGACAAAGACAGUUGAAUUAAAGACUAAUAAACUUACUAGUGAUGUUGGUGCAUUACAAAAGGGUGCAGACUUUUUAAAGGCAUUUACUUUAGGUUUUGAUAUUGAUGAUGCUAUUGCUUUAUUAAGAUUAGAUGAUUUAUAUAUUGAAACUUUUGAAAUCAAAGAUGUUAAAACAUUACAAGGUGAUCAUUUAUCAAGGGCAAUUGGACGUAUUGCUGGUAAAGAUGGUAAGACUAAAUUUGCGAUUGAAAAUGCAACAAGGACAAGAAUAGUGUUGGCAGAUUCAAAAAUACAUAUAUUGGGUGGUUUUACACAUAUUAGAAUGGCGAGAGAAGCUGUUGUUAGUUUAAUUUUGGGAUCCCCUCCUGGUAAAGUAUAUGGUAAUUUAAGAACUGUUGCUAGUAGAAUGAAAGAGAGAUAUUAG